AAGAGAAAGAGAAAGGUUAGUUUGGUUUCUGGUGUGUUCAUUUCCACCAAUUCCUCUCUCACAAUAUAUAUUGCAGAUUUUCAUGUUAGUUUAUUUGCCCUUUGUAUUCCUAAGUCCAACAAAUUCUGUUCAUUUAUAGACUGUCAGAGAAAUUUUAUGAAAGAAUUCAUAAACACUUCGUUCGAACUCUUGCUGCCUUAUAGCUCAGAUUCAGAGUGAGACGUGGUUGUGAGUGGUGACGGUAACCAAAAUUGGACUGGGAGAAGCAAUGGACAUUGUAGAAGAGGAGGUCGAGAAGGCCAAGAAGGAGUGGGAUGAGACGUUCGCUAAGUUGGUGAACCAGAUUAAGGCCAUCGAGAACUAUGGAAAAUCUACAUCGACUGAACAAGACGAGAUUAGGACCAGCGACUCUCUUCCCAGGAUGAAUGGGGUUGCUCAAGAUUGCUUGGCUGUGCUUAAUUCCCUCCAAUUCAAGCUUGAUCUACUUGCUCCUCAGUUGCCCACGGAUGACCAGGUUCAAUCGGCUAAGACCUUGCUCGAGUCAUGGACGAAUCGAUCUCAGAGCUUGAGAUCGAGUUUGAGAAAUGCUAAUAUGAAAGCCAAGGACAAUAUAAGAAAAGCUGCUCAGGAACAGAGAGAAUUACUUCUGGGUGGUGGAGAAGAGUCUACAAUUCGCAGACGCAACCUACAAACUAAAGCUGGUAUGACGUCUGCUGCAGAAGGCAUCACAGAGAGCCUUCGCCGAACUCGUCAACUGAUGGUUCAGGAGGUUGAUAGAACUGCUAAUAUACUGACGACGACUGAUGAAUCAACUGGAGUACUACGGAAGGCUGAAAGUGAGUACAAGGGCCAGCGGUCAUUGUUAAUGAGAACCAGAAACUUACUCUCUACAAUGCAGAGGCAAGAUGUCUUGGACAGGAUGAUAAUUGCUUUGGGAUUUUUCUUGUUCUCUUGUGCUGUUCUGUAUGUUGUCUCAAAGCGUAUUGGGUUACUGAAGUUGCAAAGGACAGUCACCGCUGCUAUUAAGGCUGGUAUGGUUCGACAAGCAGUGAACGGACCAAGAGCUGUUGUAGAUGAUAUAAAUCAAGCCCGUGUCCACGAUAAUGAUGUUAAUAUAUUGGAUGUUCCGUUAGAAAGAGUUAUUCGUGAUGAGCUCUGAAAUUCAAUACGUUUCCCCUCUAAUAGUUUCAAUGUUCUAUACGCGGUGUUGCAAGUUUUCUUGAGGCUCGAGCCUUUAUACUGUGAUAACAAUAGGCACAAUCUUAUUUUUCUUGUGUCAUUCAUUUUCUUUUGGGCUCUGAGUGACCUCAGUUUUGUAUUUAAAAAUGAUAAAAGUCGGAAAAAAGAAGAAGGAAGUACUCAAUUCUACUGCUAGCA